AUGAGGGCUCUCUACCCCAUAGCUGCUUCUUCGGGGAGUCGGUCUUGGCAGAUGUCACGCUCCGUCCCAAAGUCGGGCUCCAAAUCGCAGACCUCUGGGGGGACGCGGAGGCGCGAGGUCCCAGGCAGGUGCCCCCCGGGGGCAGGGUCAGAGGUGCCGGGGAGCUGGGCCGGAGCCCGGCCCCACGCGCUGGAGGGGCUGGCAGGGGACCCGGGCCGGCCGCCCCGCUGGGAGGAUGCCGGCGGGCGCGGGGAGCAUCAGGCCUUUGUGACACUGACCACAAACGAUGCCUAUGCCAAAGGAGCCUUGGUCCUGGGCUCCUCUCUGAAACAGCACAGGACUACCAGGAAGCUGGCCGUGCUUGCCACCCCGCAGGUCUCAGACUCCAUGAGAAAAGUUUUAGAGACCGUCUUCGAUGAAGUCAUCACAGUCGAUGUCUUAGACAGUGGCGAUUCUGCUCACCUAACCUUAAUGAGGAGGCCUGAAUUGGGUGUCACGUUAACUAAACUCCACUGCUGGUCACUCACACAGUAUUCAAAAUGUGUGUUCAUGGAUGCAGAUACUCUGGUCCUAGCAAAUAUUGAUGAUCUUUUUGAGAGAGAAGAGUUGUCAGCAGCACCAGACCCCGGGUGGCCUGACUGCUUCAAUUCUGGAGUCUUUGUUUAUCAGCCUUCAGUUGAAACCUACAAUCGGCUGUUGCACCUUGCUUCUGAGCACGGCAGUUUCGAUGGUGGGGACCAGGGUUUACUGAACACAUUUUUUAGUGGCUGGGCAACAACAGAUAUCAGAAAACACCUGCCAUUUAUUUAUAACCUAAGCAGCAUUUCUAUAUACUCCUACCUCCCAGCAUUUAAAGCAUUUGGUGCGAAUGCCAAAGUUGUGCAUUUCCUGGGGCGAAUCAAACCAUGGAAUUACACUUACGAUCCUAAAACAAAAAGUGUCAAAAGCGAGUCCCAUGAUCCCACCAUAACUCAUCCAGAGUUUCUCAGCCUGUGGUGGGACAUCUUCACCACCAACGUUUUACCUCUGCUUCAACACUUCGGCCUUGUCAAAGACCCCCACUCGUACCUAAGUGUGCUUUCAGACUUGGUCUAUACACUGGCUUUCUCUUGUGGCUUCUGUAGAAAGGAAGGUGUCUCGGGAGCCGUAUCACAUCUGUCCCUUGGGGAGAUCCCGGCCACAGCACAGCCUUUUGUGUCCUCGGAAGAACGGAAGGAGCGGUGGGAACAGGGCCAGGCCGAUUACAUGGGAGCAGAUUCCUUUGACAACAUCAAGAGGAAACUUGACACUUACCUCCAGUAGAAACGCUGCCAUUUUCCCAUGGACACCCAUUUCACAAGCACUUGUUUCGGAUACUUAGUAUCUAGAGCUGGGUUAAGAAAGGUCUUACAGUUGCUAGAAGCUUUGCUAAAAUUAAAAUUCAUCAGAUGAGGGGAUUUUGCAGGACAACAGGUGAGAACUGGGCAAAAGUGUGAAGUAGCAGUUCUGUUAUGUGGACAGCGUUCUGCUUUUUAACCAUAGGCUUCUUCAGCAAAUGGGUCAGAAAUUCUUAAUUUUGCUGACUGCCAACAUAUGUGGUAAGGGAAACUCAAACUAUUAAAAUGGCUGUAUCGACCCUAAAACCUGCCAAGGCAGCCUCUCAGUCCGUCUCCCUUAGGACGGGACAGGGUGUCUAUCUCUUGCUUGCUGUCGUACCUUUGACUAGACCCGCAUUUUAGAAUUGCCCAGAGGCCGCCAGAGCGAUUGUAAUCGUGCUUUCAGGUAAAGACAGCCUACAACACUGCUGAGUGACCGACUCCUCAACCUAUCAACAGAUGGCGUUAACCCAUUUUAUUUCCCUAGUUGUAGUGUCUGAAGUCACCAGUUUUCUGUACAGUUUAUGGCAUGCUAAAACAACGCUUUUGUUCAGUUCUGUGUGUCUGUAAACAGCCAUGUGUUCUCUGACGGCUACCUGCAGCGGCACCCUGUAUGAAAUAAAGACUUAUUGCCAUA